CUUCUGUCGGAUCCAAACGACCGCUCUUCCCUUGGCUGCUGAUCCUACAAACAUCGACUCACCAGCACCAGAUCUUUCGUUCAGCCCGUAUCUCGCAUCGAGCUACAUACUCCGGUCACACUGCUCCAGACUGGAUUGCAUCUCAACUCCCUCCAGGCACAUCAACAUGGCUGAGCAGGUUGGCAUUGCCGUUCAAAUCGAGUCGCUUGGCCCUGUCUCCAAGAUGCCCCCGGACACCUUUCCGCCGGCUCCAGAGCUCUACGACAAGUCAGGUCCAAAGCCCAUGCUGUCUCACCAAGGCUCGGCCGCCAGACCCUCUGCCAGUCUCCUCAGCCGGAGCUACAGCCAGCUCUCGUAUUUCAAGCGCAUGAAUCUGAUGCGCUUUGGCCGCAAGAAGAUUACCUUCUUGGUGGCCAACUCGGUGUCAACAUUCCUGGCCCUGUGCUAUGCACUGGUCGCUGGGCUGACGCUCGGGCAGACCUACAGCUAUGCGCCGGUACUCAACCUGGAGGGGCCUGAGAUCCGGCUGAUUCCCACUGCUGCCGCCUCUGCACUGGCUCUCACCGGGUUCUUGGGAUUCGUCGGGGCUUUCAUGCACCAGAAGCGAGUUGUCGCCAGCUACCUGGUCCUUCUGUGGCCCAUCUUCAUUGCCUGGAUUGUCUCGGGGUAUUAUUCCUUCAAGGCGGUAGAAACACAUCUCUUUGACAUGAACAUGUCGUCGGCUUGGGAUCAGUUGGGCAGCUCUCGAUCGAUUGUCGAGUCUUCGCUCAUGUGCUGCGGUUUCUACAACUCGCUGGACCGCAGCUUCCCAAACUCAGUCUGCCCCGAUUUCUCGACCUUCAAUGCGACAGAUAUCUCCAUCUCCAGCGCCGAAGCCUAUCCAGGCUGUCAGGACUACUGGCUGCCGCUGGUCCGUACCUUUCUCAAGGUCAACUACAUCGCCUCGUUUGUGUUUGCAGCCGACUCGCUUGUCAUCAUAGUCAUCACGCUGCUGGUGGCGAACCACAUCUACGACUAAGUCGUAGCGUAUGGCUCUCUGCUGCCCACUCGAUGGGCCCUGGUGUCUGGCGUUUGAUAUCCUUUGCGGGCGGCUUUGAAAUGGAGUUCAUGACCCCACGGGUUGUUGAGUAUAUGUAUAUACAGUCUUUACAUACGUGAAUGAAAUACUUGAAUAACAGGGCUGAGUAAG